UUCUGAGCCCCGUAUCCUAUCCUCUCGCAGCCACCAUUGUGGACGAGGAAAAGAACGCAGCGAGACAGGAGUUGAAGGGGAUGAAAGCAAAAGAAGAUCAUCAAGGUCCAGAAGCAGGUCAUCAAGGUGCUUCUCAGACCUCCACUGCAGUUAACCAUGUUAAGUGUCGCAAUGUUGGUCAUAAUAAUUCACAUCGUCACAUGGUUGUGUCAGUUGUUUCCUUCACCUAGUUGCAUUCUGCGCAGACUCAUAUGUUGACUCAUCCGAAGGAUGAUGCGGAGGUCUGUGGCAACUUCUAAUCCGGGAGAUAUUCCUCAAAGAGGAACAACAGCAGAAAAGGCUUCUCUCGCCUGCGAGCGAGUGCAUCCUUCGCUGAACUCCUCCACGGCGACAGUGAUGGGCGGCAGCUUUCGCGUUCGAGGAAGCAAAACGCACAAGGAGGUUGCUAACGGAGUACUAAACGAGAUCUAAGGCUUCCCCUAAACUACCUAAUCCAUCUCCAGUCGACGAGGCAUUGACCCGGUACUAGAGGCAGGUUGUUGAAGAUGCACGCAGGAGUAAUAGAAAAAUUGUACUCAUACAUUUUGCAGCGCAGUAGUUAGGCCUGUAGUUCUUCGUUCCUGAUCUCAACAUCUACCUGCAGCUUUCUCUUCAAGAGGACGAUGGGUAGUUAGGGUGAGGAUGGGUAGUUAGGGUGAGCGCUAAUAGCUUCUUCUGCCGAUCGCUUGGAGAGGAGGCACGUCAUCAAGAAUUCUAGACCAAAUGCCGUCUAGAUCUAGAGGAAAUACGAAUCAUCAAGAGGGUUGUGGCACCAUGGACGGCCAGGACGAUCUGGAUUUAGCAUCGCAGUGCUUCUCUUAUCUAUCUGAAGAUUCGCAGCACACCAUGCUGAGGAAUCGCGCGAUUCAGAUGGUCACUGAGAUGCUAACCACACGCACUGACGAAAUUCUGAUAGGCGACCAUCAACGCGUAGUCCAAACAUUAAGGCUUUCCCUGAUCCUAACCGUGAACCUUCGUUGUGGUUCUGUGAAGAUGCCGUAUGUAUGUAUCCUGGGUAGAAUGGUUACUACUUUUCAAGGGAAACAAACAACAGCGGCCAAGCUCCAGCAGGGUUUUUAAAAACAAGAAUUUCGGGCCAGCACUAAAAACAGCACGGCGCGCCUUAUUCCGGAGGAUAACGUCGAUUUUCAAUGGACAAACAGAAGAGUUUUGGGACCCGUUUGACAACAUACACUUCGACAUUGGGAGACGGGUAAAAGUUUCGGCGGCCACUGCGUCUUCACCUGCAGAAAACAUGAUAGGACAAGUAUCGCAAGGACAAGGGCAAGCUCCUCAUGAAGAUGAAAAUGAAGCUCAAAGGGGAACAGAGAAAGAUCGUUCAUCAAAGAGUAUGAAGAAAGUGAAGAAAGCUUCUUCGUCGACACAACAGGAUGAACUACAUCGACGAGAUGCUGAUGCGGCUAAGCUGAACGAGGGGGGGACUUCUCAAGGUCGUGCUCAAGG